CAAGCAAGGAGUCCGUAGAUUCGCUCACUGAUGUGAAAGCCAUAGUUCAGGUAUCCAUGUCCGUAUGAUGCGCUCGCUCCAGCCAGCAGCAGCAGCAGCUGCAGCUGCAGGACGGCAGUUCAUGACCUCCACCUCCUGCACAAGCGCAAGAGAAGGGAUGGGGCAGCAGCAGCAGCCGCAGCAGUGAGGCGAGCGAGCACUGUGCAGGUAUUCGGACUGUGGACGGUAAAGAGAGGCGGCCUGAAGUGAGGUGAAGUGGACUGGACUUGAGACGAGACGAGGAGAGACGAGAGCAGUGGCGUGGGGUUGUGGAGAGAGGCCGACUCAGGAUCCAGGGGAGGGGAAGAGAUCAGGUGACAGGCCCGGAGUGUGCGCAAGCGUGCAGAGCUCGCUCGCGAGAGACAGAAGUAGAUAAUCCAGGGCGAAAAAAUAGUGAGCUAAGAGAUAUAGAGAGAGAGGUAGACAGAGUAAAGUGUUGGGGAAGGGAAGGGAAGGGAAGGGGGAGGGGAAAAGUGAAGGGGAGAGGUAAAGAAAGAGGGAGAGGGAGAGGAGGAGGAGGUGGUGGUGGUCCCGAGAUAAGCAGCAGCUCGAGCGGGGACUCUUUUUCUUAUAGGCUUAGCGGGGAGUGGGCAGCAUAUCCUUCGCGGCUCGAAGCGAGAGCUUUGUGUGAGCACAGAGGACGGGCCUGGCCCCACAAGCUUUCAUCCGCCCCCACACCGUAGCGCGAGGAGAGGAAAGGGAAGAGCUGCGACGGGAAAAUGAAAAGAGAGGAGAGGAGGAAGGACGCCGGGAGAGAGCGACGAGCAGGGAGGGACAAAGCAGCUGAAGAAAGCAGGCCGAGAGCCGCAGAGAGAGGGAGAGAGGGAGAGAAGAGGAGCUGAGCUGAGCUGAGCCUCGUCGUCGUGAAUGCUGCUGUUGGGUUUCUCGCAGUUGCUAGUAGCUGCUGCUGCUGCUGAUGCACUGUUGGAGUAGUAGUGGCAACGCGAGGGGAGAGGGGAGAGGUCGUAUAACGCUCUGGAGGUGUUAAGACCCAUCUUAUUCGGAAACAGUAGCCCAGGCCGAGCGCAGAGCCGACAGCCUUGUCCCCCGUCUUGGCCCACGCUCUGUGCAUAGCUUCGCCUCAUCCUCUGGCAUUGUGCAUGCCACGUAUCGUGCGAGUCGGUUUUUGCGAGCGUGGUCUGAGGCGCCGGGGAGCUUGAUCCUCGAGCCAAAUGGUGGCGACUACGCCUCGCUCGCGCACCCGCAUCGUGCAUCGGACCGUGCACGCCCCCACCAUCUCGCAGGAUGUUCUAUAAUACUCGCCGCUUGAGAGCUCCGAGGACGGAGAGAUAACCGGCGCCAGAGUCGUCGAGCUGGUGCGAUGGUGCUGCUGCUGCUGCUGCUUGUGGAGGAGCUGCUGCGGCUGCGGCUGGUGAUGAUUUCGCUCGCGCCUGGCCCGGACACGACAUUCGCUGCUCGCAGGCCCGGCUGUGGAUUGUCGACUUCUGCGACUACAGGUCUCCCACUCUAGCACGGCUCAGCAGCCGCAGCGGUUCGCUCUCGAGCCAGAAUCAGGUGCCACAUCUCAUGGUCUUGCGGCGGGAGUGCAACAAGUGGUUCGAGCACGAAUAUGAGGCAAUGCGGAGGCGUGUUGUCGCAUCGUUUGAUGUGAGAUACCUCACAUUCUUGUAUCGUGGAAGCAUCUGUCGUGUUGAAAGCAUUCCCUCGACGGCUCCAUGAGAAAGUCAGGCUUCAUGAGUAGGAAGGCUCUGAGUGAGCCUACCUUCUCGCUAGACAGGAAUAGGGCCUUCUCAGGUAUUCUUAGACGCCCCGGGAACAUCCAUGACAUCGAUUGGAACAGCCUUCUGCUUGGGAAGAAGGUCCCCACUGACCAGGAGCUCGCCGAUGCCGGUCUGGAAGCCCCGAGAAAUAGCCUCGAGUCAUCGCCUGGCAAUCGGACUCCGAUAUUUAGCGGAGGCGUGGUGCACGAGGAAAUUCCGUACGGGUUCGAGAUUUCGAACAGGACGAACAUGUCGAGGCACAUCAUCAGCUCGGCCGAGCUCUCGGCCUCGUACCACCACAGCAGGUCGUCGGGCGAAUCGUCGAGCCGGCGCAAGAGCGGAGGCGAGGUGCUGCCCAUCAAGACGCUCAUCGCGCAGGACUCGAGCGAGGCCGAGUAUGAGCGCAAGCGCCGCUCGGCCCCCAGCGUCGUCGCUCGCCUCAUGGGCCUAGAGACUCUGCCGCAGGGCGACAAGGCCGCCAAGCCCUGCAGCGCCGCCAAGCCCCCCAAGCCCUCGAGGUCGCAGCAGAAGCGCUCAUCGUCGUCGACAACCUCGAGCCACCAUCACCAUCAACAUCAGCAGCAGCAGCAGCAGCAGCAGCAGUCGAGCAAAGGAGAGAGCAGCAGUGGCCGGGCCGAGAGCCCUCUGGAAGAUGUAGACACGAUUCGAGAUUUCCCGCUGCCGAGGAGCAGCCAGGCAAUUGAGCCGGAGAUCACGGAGGAGAAGGCGAAGUUCGACAAGCUGCCAUUCCGCUCGCACCCGCAGGAGAAGCAGCUGCAGGAGUUCAAGAAGGAGUUCAUGGCGAAGCUGGCGAACCAGCGGCACGAGGCGCCGCAGGCCGCCUUCGACCGCGAGCUCGAGGAGCGGCGCAGGCAGCUGCGCGAGAAGGUGUGCGAGGCCAAGAUCGCGCUGCUCUCGGGGGGCGACGAUUCGCGGCGCCUCUCGUCGGCGCAGGAGAAGCUGAUCGAGAGCAAGGAGUUCCAGGACGCCAUCGAGCUGCUGCAGAGCAACCGCGAGUUCUUCCUCAAGUUCUUCCAGGAGCCGAAUUCCGUCUUCAACAAGGACCCGCCCGAGCCCGAGUCCACCAGCAGCCGGCGCUCGUUCCACCUCGAGGACUACUCGCGCGACUCCCGACGAGCUCGCGAGUUCGACGAGUCCUCGCGCGAGGGAUCGCGCAAGUCCUUCCACUUCGGCGACCUCUCGCGCGAGUCCAGGAAGUCCUACCUGCUCGACGACCCGGCCAAGGACUCCACCAGCCGCAAGUCGUUCCAUCUCGACGAGCUCUCGCGCGAGUCGCGCAGAUUGCUGCUGCACGAGUCGCCCCGGCGCUCCUUCCACCUCGACGACCUCUCGCGCGACUCCAAGCGCUCGUCCUCCCACCACAACAACAACCACCAUCACCACCACCACAUUGAGGAUUUCGCCAAAGAGAUCCGCGCGCUCGAGGAUUACUCGGAUUCCCACACCGUCGGCAGCCAUCGCCACCACCAGCACCAGCAUCAGCAUCAGCAGCAGGGAAGCUCCGAGCACUCGAAGCGCAAGGAGUCGUCGAGGCACAAGCACUCGGCGCAAGCGUCCAAGCCCCAGGCGGAGGACGGGCUGCUGCACCACAAGUCGCGCCUCGACAUCGUCGACAAGGAGCCAUCGCUGUGGGCUGUCGUCCCCGACGAGGGCCGCAAUGUGUCCCCGAAUAACUACGAUUCGCGCAAGGGCUGCCAUUCCCCGAGCCGCAUCGUGGUGCUCAAGCCCGGCCCCGGCGACAUCACGCUGCUCAGUCCGGCCAUGGCGCCAGCGUGCUCCCCGCGAUCCUACCGAAUUGUGAGGGAUGGCCGAGGAGGCGUCUUCGAGGCCCGUGAGAUCGGUCGGGAUUCCAUGGACAGGGGCGCCAGGCAGCAGCAGCAGCAGCAGGCGGACUGGGACAUUCAUCGCGAGGAUUCGAGGUUCGCCAAAGAUCGAGCGCUGGAAGGGUACAGGGACCCUCGGGCCAUCGCCAAGGACAUCGUCCGCGAGGCGAAGACGAGCAUCACGAGGGAGAUCUCGCGGGACAGGGAAAUUGGACGCCGCGACCCGCCCCGAGUCGGCGACGUGAGCCUCGUGCGCAGCAGCAGAAGCUCGGGGAAGAGGAUUUCGUCGCCCAAGAGCGAAAUUCACGAUGCUGGUGCCUUCGAGGCCGUGGGCUCCUUCACUCUGGCCGCUCUGUCGCGCAGGCACGUGAAGGACGAGCACCGCAGCACUUCCCCCACAGUCCCGACCCCGAGCCCUCGGAUCCGAUCGCAGGAGACUGCCACCACCUCCACCAGCACGAGCUCCGGUGGUGCCAGCUCGCAGAAGGAAUGGAAGCGGCGCUCGUCGUCCUCGUCCUCCGACAAGCACGGCAGCGCCGCUGUCUACCAAGUCGAGCAGAUCGAAGAGCAGCUGCUGCAGCAGCAGCAGCAGAAGCAGCAGGGCAAGGGAGCUUCGCCUGCAGCGCGAAAUCCGUCCUCGCAGGUGGACAUCAAUCGAGCCAGCAUUUCUCGUCCAGCAGCAUUCCCUCCCAGCUCCAAAUCCCACCACCGAAGCCGUGGCGAUCCAUUCCUCGAGAGCCAGCUGCACCCGGACGAUUGGAAAGGCGUCGACGUGAACAUGUACAGCACUCUCCCGAGCAGCGAGAAGAUUUUGAAGGUGGAGAAGGUGGAAUCCUUCCACUCCGCCGUUUCUGCUCACGGGCUCGCAGACGAAGGGCGCGAUAGUAGCCCCCCCAGAACUCUGGCGCGAAACAGGUCCGUGCCCAACGCUGCCGUCGUCGGGUCCAAGGCUCGUGAGGUGGCCGUGAGACCCAGCGGCAGCGCCGUGAGCCGAGCCUUCGAGGUGGCGCCCGAGAGGGUGGAGAAUUCCGAUCAUUUCUAUCUGAAGGAGAAGAGGAACGAAGCCCGAGCGGCCUAUUUGCUGAGCAAGAAGAGACUCGGGGCUGAUUCCAGCAGCACUUCCGGACGAGCCCUCGAGGCUCCGUGGUCUCCCAUUCAGAGCUCCUCGGCCAACGAGGAGCGCACGGUCGUGCAGGAUGUGCACACGGUCAGUUGUAAGCAGAUCGAGCCCAUCGGGCCAGCGCUCGACCAAGAGCAGCAUCUGUCUCUCACGGCGAGAUCGAGCCUGGAAAAUGCCGUCGCUGUCGAGGACUUGCCACGGUCGGGGGUCAGAGAUUGCGAGCAGGAACUGCUGGCCGCGUUGGCUCAGCUCACACCCAAAGCCAAGGACAAUUCCGAGGCGGGUCAAUUCAGAAAGCCCACGGGCCACACUUUGCACGAUGUUCAGGUUGGCAAGCAAGGCUCCAAAAACUCCAAGAGCUGGAUGCUGGCCACCGACACACUGGAGAACGGGGAUGGCGAUGGAGCGUCCGAGACGAGUGUGGAGAAAUGCGGGCAGCCUAGCCCUGUUUCAGUGCUCGACUCUCCUUUCGAAGCAGAGAUUCCCAGUCCAGUGGAGUUCAAAGAGCUUACAUCGGACCUUCAUGAUUUGCGAUUGAGAUUGCGCCUGCUGAAGAUGGACGAAAGCGAGAGGUCAAGCGCUCUCCUGGAAAGCUUACAAGCGAAAGAGAAGCUGAUAUUCCAACUGAACCACAAGGGAGUGCGACACACCGAGAACUGCCUGGAGUCGACGGAGGGCACCAGCACCAGCAGCGCUGCUGUUGGCAGAGAUGUCAAAUCACCUCUGGCCAUCAAGUCACUUGCGCUCCAGUACCGACUGGAGAGCGUCAGCGUCGAUGGAUUGCCGUGUCCGGAUGGUAGAAGAGCCGACCUGCUCUAUGUAAGAAACUUACUGGUAGCGUCAGGGUUCACGGAAAGCAGCACCAUGAUUAUUGCUAGAUGGAAUUCGCCUCUGUACCCUUUGGAUCCAUGUCUUUACGAUAGACUGGAGGAGUACUACAACGACGUGAGUCAUGUGGAGAAGGAGAGCAGCAAGAUCAAAGCGCGAGGAGCAGCAGCAUCAGCCCCCACCGAGAACAUGGACUCGACGAACAGGAAGCUCCUAUUCGACGUGGUGAACGAGGUGAUCCACAAACUGCUCGGCCCUCGGCUGAGCUACCGGCCGUGGGUCCAGCCGUCGACUCCUCUGCUACGCCCCAUACCCACGAGCCGGCAACUGCUGAGCGACAUCUGGACGGAGAUCUGCGCGUGUUUCUCUCCCGACGGCCUGGAGGAAUUCGAAGCUUUGGACGCCCUCAUGGCCCGGGACGUUUCUCGGGGAGGCUCGUGGAUCAACUCCCGAGAAGUGGCGGAGCAAAUCGGUCUGGAGCUCGAGAGGAGCAUUUUCGACAGCUUGGUCGAGGAAGCCGUGCUCUGCCUGGCCUCCCUGAACCAUCGGCCUUCUAGCGCCCCUCCUGUCAAAGCUCCCAGCAGCACCAUGUACGGCCCUCAAUCGUGGCGACUUCAUUAGAGUAGUAGAUACUUUAGAUUCUCUGCUGGAGACAAAUAUGUCUUAGUAGCCAGCCAACCCAGCCCAGCCCGCCGAAUUAGAGUUACUGAACGGAGGCACGUAGUUUCCUCGUGAAUUGUGGGGCUUUCGACGGGACAGAUUCUUCUCCUGAUAAUCCACUUGUAGUUUGUUUAAUUGUACAUCAAUUUUCCUAGGUCUGUACCAAAGAACAUCACCUUCGAUGAUGAAGAGAGAGAAAGAGAGCGAGAGAGAGAGAGAGUGAGAGCGAUAGAGAGCGAGAGCGAGAGAGGGAGAGAAAAAGAGAUUGUAUUCAUAUAGCAGAGCCUGCCAUAGACUUUCGACAAGAGAGAGAUUGUACCCAUAAAGGCAGGGGCCUGCCAUAGCCUUUCGACCAUAGACCCCGCGCCCUGGAUUGACUGCGCAAGUGCCAGGGAUGGGUCUAGAAAAGAAAGAAUGUGUAGAGUUUAGGUUGAGAAGAAGCAGCAGCAGCAGCAGAUGAAGAAGCCGAAUGACAAGAGCGAACCUCGUCAUGUAUUGUGUAUGCCUCUACCGUACAUGUCAGCCGUGCGGACCUUCCAUGAUUCAAAACUAUUGUACUUACCCAUU